AUGCCUUCGCCAUCGCCUCCUCCGCCUAAAAUCCAUUUGUCGGAGAGCGAGAAGCACGCUCUGAUUUUGACGAUCGCUCCGUUCGAAUACAUCUUGGCCAGGCCAGCCGGUGAAACGAUCGACAUCGAGGGAACGCCGCAGAGAGUGAGUCUGGAGCUGAAACGAUGCUACUGGGACAAGAUUCGGAUGGAUUUCAUUGGAAGGUACCCUCGAUUGAUGGACUUGAGUAUCAGUCAGAUGAAGGUUUUGUGGGCGAGGUAUAAGAGAUUGGCUGCGAACAUGUUGGAUGAGGGCUCACCGAUUACUACGGUGAGUAUGUUGGAGAAUUUACGCCAGAUUUGAGUUGGAAAUGGGGCAUAUUUCUUACAAGGAAAUUACUUCUAUGUGGUAUGGAGUUACAGGUCGAGACAUACAUCAAAAAAUCACAAAUUUUUUCUGAUUCAGAAUGUGUAAAAAUUAGCUGCCUAAUUUUGGUUUGUAAGGGUGAAAAAAUCCUCAGAACUUUUUUCACAACACGACGCCAGUGCCUUUUUAAGCAAGUUUUUACCAAUUCAAAAGUUUUGUUUUGAGCUAAAGUAAACCCUGGCAUCUUGACAAGCCUUAAAAUGUCAAAUUUGAUUAAUACUUCACCUUAAUUAGUAGUUCCAAUGUAAAAAAAGGAGUCGAAAGUUGGAAAAAAUCGAAACUUUUUUUGCAACACCACGCAAAUGCUCCUUUUUUACAUUGUAACUAUUAAUUAAGGUGUAUUCUUAAUGAAAUUUGAUAUUUUAAGGCUUGUCAAGAUGCCAGGGUUUACUUUAGAUCAAAACAAAGCUUUUGAGUUGGCCAAAACUUGGUCAAAAAGGCAUUUGCGAGGUGUUGCGAGAAAAGUUCUGAGGGGGGUUUUCGCCCUUACAAACCAAAAUUGGGCAGCUAAUUUUUACAUAUUAUGAAUCAGAAAAAUUUUGUGAUUUUUUUUGAUUAUGUCUCAACUUGUAACUCCAUACUACAUAGAAGUAUUUUUCUUGUUAGAAAAUUCGCUAACUUAGGCCCAAAUUUUGUGGAAGAUCUUGUGUCUUAUACACCUCAAAAAUUUCAGUCUGAACGCACCAUUCUGAGCAUUACCCGACCACAAGACCUAAAAGCCCGAGGAAUCACUCCGCUCGAGUUGGACGGCACCAAAGUAGACACCGAAAAAAUUCGAUUCACCACAGAAGAGCAUCUCACAUUGGUCGCUUGUGUCUCUCAAUUCUUUCGGCUGCUCACAGCCACUCCAGAACAACAGGUUGUCUUCAAAGGAGAGUGGCUAACCGGCACGAAUCUGAUGAAGAAUUUGAUCUGGGAGGAUAUUCGUGGAAUCAUGGUGAGAUUCCAUCCCAGAGUAUUCAAAGUGCCGGCAGCGUCGUUGAAAAUUAAAUGGUGGAAUAUUAGGGCAAAGGCGUUGAGAGAUUUGGAUAAAGAAGACGGACUAACACAGGUGAGAUUUUCGGGAAAAGUUUUUUUUUUUGAAAUGGAGAUAUUCAGAUGUCGAUCUGAAAAUGACGUCAUUUACAGAAGCUGGAUUUUUCAGUCUGAUUUUCAUUGAAAUUCUCGAAGUGCAAGGAAAAGAAUUUCUUCAAAUUUUUGGACAUGCUCUUUCUGGUCCACAUGAGAAUUCCUGAAAAUUUUAGCUCAUACUUUCAAGCGGUAGCCGAUAUAUUCAACGAUCUUUGAAAGCGAGGGUCUUCGGAAAUGAGGAGAGUCGGUUAGAGAAAAAAAUCUUUUUUUAGCAAAAUACCUUUAUAAAUUCCGGGCGAACAAGGCUUAAUUUAUGCAGAAACAUUAUUUCUGCAUUCCAAAUAAGAUGCUAUUUUUUCAAUCUAAAAAUCUCGAAAUUGCCGAAAAAUUCAAAUUCGAGAUUCUUUGAUCUAAAAAUAGCGUUUUAUUUGGAGUGCAGAAAUAAUGUUUCUGCAUAUAUUAAGCCUUGUUCGCUUGGAAUUUACAAAGGUAUUUUGCCAAAAACUUUUUUUUCUCACCGGCUCUCCUCAUUUCCGAAGACCCUCGCUUUCAAAGAUGGUUGAAUAUCUCGGCUACCGCUUGAAAGUAUGAGCUAAAAUUUUCAGGAAUUCUUGACCAGAAAGAGCAUGUUCAAAAAUUUGAAGAAAUUCUUUUCCUUGCACUUUGAGAAUUUCAAUGAAAAUCAGACUGAAAAAUCCCGAUUCUGUAAAUGACGUCAUUGCCAGGUCGACAUCGCCGCGUUGACCGUCCUCAAACCUGACGAGCUGACAAACCGAGGAAUUCCAUUAGCCACUCUGAAGGACAUCACAUCCGACACACAUAUUAUUGUGGGCGGAGAAAAUGGUGACAGUGGAGCGGAAAGCUCAAGUCAGCAUCUGAUCUACAACUUUGAAAACAACGUAAAGCCGGAAAUUCCUGAAGAAGAAGUGAUAAUUGAGGGCCAAUUUGGCGGUAAUGGAGACGAUGUUUUUGAGGAAGAUGACUUUAUUGAUGACGACGUUGGAAUCCCAUCGACGUCGAAUAAUAGAGGAAAAGUUACUGUGAUCUCCGGACCUAGAGGUUCGUUUUUGUGACAAAAUUUUUUUUGAAUAUUUUUAUCAAAUUUUGCCUACAUACUUUCAACAGACCACAAAUCAACACCUCAAAGCUCUAGCUCUCACUUUGCAAGGCCCGUCGAUAUAUUCAACAAUCUUUUUUUGAGAGAGUACGUAAAAUGAGGAGAGUCGAUCAGACAAAAAAUAUUUUUCGUCUAUAAAUUUUUGAAUUCCUCUUGGAAAAAAGUGAUUUUUUGUAGAAACAUUUUCAACUAUAGUAUUGGUAGAGUCUGAAUUUUUCAAGCCGAAAAUCGCAUAGUUUUCUGAAUUUCUGACAGUUUUCCUCAAAAAGUUUUGGCAAAAAAAAUCUGGAAUAUUUAGAGAUUUUUGUCUUUAAAACUCGGGCUUUUUUAGUACUAUAGUUAGAAAUGUUUGUACAGAAAAUCACGUUUUUCCAAUGGCAAUUCUAAUUGUUACAGCCGAAAAGUGCUUUUUUUUGAUCGACUCUCCUCAUUUUACGUACUCUCUCGAAAAAAGAUUGUUGAAUAUCUCAGCGGCCCCUGCAAAGUGUGAGCUAGAACUUUGAGGUGUUGAUUUGUGAUCUGUUUACAGUAUCUACGCAAAAUUUGAAAAAAAUUUGAGAGUUACAUCUCUUUGUAAAAAAUCUGAUUUUAAUUUUUCAAACUUUUAGUCAAACUUCAACCACCUCGAGAAUUCACCGAAGAAGACAUUCAAAAAGCAAAAGCCAGCACAACACUGCUGGAUAUUGCGCUGAAAAUGACUCAAUUGGAUGAAUAUUCCAAAACUCACAAGAGGAAGAUCGUUUUCAACAAAGAUUACAGCAUCACAUUCCGAAAGCAACGGAAAGGAGAGGAUCUCAAUGUAGAAUUCCCUGCAUUUUUGACUAAUAAUAAGUAA